AUGGACCCCAAAGUUGCGGAGCUGUUGAAGGGGAAAUCAGAUGAGGGAAAAUUUCAAGCCAUUGCCUUUUCAUUCGGUUGCCUUUUGACAAGGCCUACGGCUAAUUCGCCACCUGAUGCACCCAUGAAAGGUAAGAAUCUGAAGUUGCGGUCGUUGCACAGAACGAUUUUCGAAUUGAUACUAAGUUGAUGUACGAUUCCUUCACAGAUGAACGGAGAGCGAAGGAGAAGUCGAGAAGCGAACCGAAAUAUUCCUUUGAGGAACUGAGCGACGAAGAAGAUGGUUCAGGUACUUACUGA